ACUUGACACAAAUAAAGGUAGCGAUUAAUAGGCUGUGAUCUGUUUAAUCAAUUUUUCAUUAAUAUUUCAGACUUCUUACUCCUAAUCUGUGCUUCUAUUAAAACUGUCAACAAAUCGGAACAAUGAAAAUAUUAUUUUUUUGUUUGUGCCGUGCCGUGCUUGUGCCGAAGUCCAAACUAGAAUGCAGUCUGAGGGUAGGUUCAAAAACAUGCUCUAAUAUCUUCAAUAAAUUUGUCUACUUUAUACAGGGCAAAGUUAAGUCGAUCCGACACCUCAGUUAAAUACAAAUUUAAUAAAUACGACUGUAAUUAAAGUAAUAUAUGUGAAACAUAAGUAGUUGCUGUUGUCUUCAAAGUCUGAACAGGCUCGGCACCUGUGAUUUUGAUUUCUACUAUGGCGUUCUCUAUAAGAAAUAUUAUUUCAAACAUAUCAUACUUUAAAAAGCCAGGAGAGCGCGAAGAUGCACAUAAAAAGAAACGUCGUAACACGUACGUGCUGGAAAAAUCAAGUUUUGAACAUUUAGAAGCUGAUUCAACUUCUAUGCAGUAUACAAGCUUGGAAUUACCGGAAUCUGUAAAAAAGUUUACGUCAAAAAAAACCUCUUUGUCCGAUACGGAUAUCCUUACUUUUACGGAUGCACCACUUCGUCACAGACGCCGUAAAUGCAAAAAACUUAAGUUAGAUAUAAAGAAAGCGAGCCAGUCUAUGAACCAGCUUGAUUUCAAUGUGGAAAACACUCCAAAACAUGUUCUUUUGGAAAGCCUUACUUCAGAAACAUUCAGUGAAAGGUUUAAAGGUUUUGAUUUUAAUAAAUCUUUUGACAUCAAUGAAAUAUCCGACAUUGAUUCUUCCAUUGAAGAGGAGGAACUUAUGUCAGAUCACUCUGGUAGAUCUGAUACAUCAAAAUCGCCAGUUAGAAUGUGUAGAAAAAUGUGCUUAGAACUCCCUUCAAGUGAUGAGAGUAGACCUGUGCCAUCAACUUCACCUGAAUCAUUUGCAGAUGUUGAGUUGGAUAAAAAUGAAGAGCAACGUAUGGAGCUUCUACUGAAUUAUCAAAUGAAGUUAGAGAAACUUGAUUGCUUUUUAAAAAAAAUGUUUAAUGAGUUCCAGUUUCAUAUUGAAGUAUCAAAAAUUUUUCAAUCCAAGUCUGUAGUAACAGCUCUUCCAGGAACAGAUUUAUCAAACAUACCACAAAAGGUUGGAGAUAUUAUGUUAAACAAUUUGGAUUUGAAAAAUAUUGAUCCAUCAGGAAGUUGGAAUAUUAUUAUGGAGAAGGAAGAUCAUCAAGCUAAAACAAAAGUUAAAAAACAGUUACUUUCUAUUAAAUCUUCUAUUGACAACUUUAUCAAUAGUUAUUUACAUAACCAUAGAGAAAAUAAAUAUAUGAUUAAAAAAAGAGAACCUCAAAUGCGCAUUAACCCUAAAAAGAAGCAAAAAUAUUAUGAUUUCCCAGAUCUAAGAGAUGCAAUGUUAAACUUAUUUUCAUUUGAAGAAAGUUUAGAAAGCAGUUUUGAUGAUACCAAGUGUCUUUGCAAAUGUCAUAGCUCUCAAACUGAUUCAGGAUUAAUAAUUAAAUCUCCUGAGCACUCAACAUCAAUUUCAUCUUCCAUUGGCAACUUUACUCUUGAUACAUCUAAGUUAACAGCUUAUUCUGAAUCUCUAGACCAGGUUUUGAGUUACAACAGCUUCCAAUACUCCUUGCAUAGUAUGUUUCUUCAAAAAGCUACCAUUGAACGCAUAACAUUCUAUAUACAAGUGCAUAGCAUUCAAUUACAUUGUGAAUCUAAUUUUGAGACAAAAAAUAUGGUGCUAUUCUAUUGUCCUUCAUGUAAAACAAACAAUGUAGAUGAAAAUGAUCUUUUGAAACAUAUUUUGAGUCAGUCACACUGUGAAAAGAUACAUUUUCUUUACAAAACGGCUUAUAUUAAAAAGUGUGUGGCAGCUGGGAAAGAAAUACAGCCUAGUACAGUUUUGAAUCCUAUGAAAAUGUACAGAGAUGAUAAUAAAAUUGUCUGUUUUGGUGAUGCAUUGUAUGCUUGUUCAUUGUGCUUUGAGAAUCUGAUUAUGGGUGAGUCCGUCUUGAUGGCUCAUUGUUCUGAUCCUGAACAUGUGGAACGUAAAGAGAAAUUACAUGAAAUGAUUGAUUAAUACUGUAGUGAGGUAAGUUAACCAACUAUAUUAAAAUAUUUAUGACAUUUGUGAGGAAAAAUAUUGGUGGUUAAUGAUUAAACAAACUUAUUAUUUGUUAAGAUUUUAUGAAAUAAGAAAAGUUGACCACAUGUACAUUUUAAUAAUAAAACAUUAUUUCUGUAAGCAAUGGGCAUCCAUUUAUUCAGAUUACCAUCGGUUUUUUGAAAAUUAAUUCUAUUUGGUGCUCCAAGAUUUUAAAAUUAAUCAAGCACAAAUUAUUCUGUAUUUUAAUACUAAACUUAAAAUUUUAUACUAAAUAUACAACUUAUUGAAAGAAAUGUUAUGUUUAGUACUUUUGAUAAGUUGUCAAAAUUACUAAUCUUUUUGUUAUUGGAAUAUUAUCACAAAAUUCCUGCAAAUAUAAUUGUUAUUAGUUUUAAAUGUAAAAUUAAUAAGAUUGCAUGUAAAAUGAUUGACAAUAUUAACAUCUAUAGUAUCUUUCGAUUCUUUCUUUUGUGACUAUUUCUUUCAUUUUUUGAUUCUAUGCACAUGACUAAUCCAUGAUAAAAUAUUUUUAAUUUUUCCAAACUACAUAACUUUGUUGAUAUUUACCAAAAAGGUGCUUCUGAUAAAAUGCUCAAAUUCUACUUAUAUAAAAUACUGCCCGAUGUUGCCAUAUUAAGUAUGUUCCUAUAAAAUUUGACAAUUUUUGUAUACUAAACAAAUCAAGAUUCAAAUACAGGGUUUAACAUUAUUAGGUAACUGUAAGUAAAGGUGUCUUUUUUUAGGUUUUAAUGUAAUUUUAAGAUCACAAUAUUCUUAACAUAAACAUUCAAAAUUAAAGCGAUAAGUGUAAAUUGUUUCUAAACAUAUUUAGUUCUGUUUAAUAUCUUUUAAUGUAAGUUCAUAAGUAUGUAGUGAUGUAUCAGCAGCAUUUGUAACAUUAGAUUAUUUUAGUGUUAAGAUGUUACUUGUGUUAAAUUGUUACAAAAUUUGAUCUCACUCUCAAAUUAUUCUGAAAGACUGAUUUUUUCCUAAUUUUUAUACAAAUUUUACAAAACUAUAGAAAAUAAGGAAAAUUUACAUUUUAUGAAGCAUUUUUUUUAAAGAAAAAAUGUAUCCAUUUUCUGAUCUUUCAUGUCUGGAACAUGUCAUAUUAAUUUUUAAAAUUCAAGAUUUUAUAUGAAUAUAGCUAAGCUUGUGUAACAUAUACAUUACUUAUACUACCAAUUAUGUUUAUAACUUUUGCCUUA